AUGGAACGUCUUCGUAACAGCACAUACUUCUAUCUAUCUAUACGUGCUUUCGCUAUUCUUUGUUGUGUUAUUAUCUUAUUCUGUGUUGCUCUUUCAACUUCAUGGACUAAUCGAUUAUCUGCCAUAUUUGGCCUUAUUUUUACUUUACUUUCCAUGUUAUUCAUCUCAUGCUCCAUUGCCACCUUAUUUACUUGGAAUUUGGAGACGAUUAGCUUUCCACGUAGAACUAUCUUCGUAUGGGUAUUCUUACUUUGCUCCAUUGUUUCAAGUGUCAUGUACCUCAUUUCACCGAAUAUGUGUGAACAGUUCAAUCAAUAUGGAUGUUUUGAAUCAUCCAACCCUUCGUCUUUCAAGGUUGCAGCUGCGUUCUCUGUGAUAAACGUUAUUUUUGGAAUAUUCGACGUGGCCAUCAAUUUAGUUUUCCAUUUUCGUCAACAGAAAUCGGAUAGCAUUCAGCCUGAGCCGCCGUCCAUUAACCGUCCACUUCCAACGAUAUCAAUCGUAGACACAACAUGUUCAGAACCAUUCUAUGAGCCAUAUCGUAAAGGACAGAGUACCUACGUGUAG